UCUGGGGGCCGCAGUGACCGCGCCGCUCCUGCUGGGGGCUGCCCACGCCAAGCACCUGCCUCUGUCGUCUCCUCUUCCGCCGCCCAGUUUCCCUGGAAGAACACCCCCAAGAUGGCAGAGGAGAAGAGCGGUGCCCGGGACUGCGUGUCCUUCAGCGUGCUCACCUGGGACCAGGUGAGCCGGCUGCACGAAGUCCUGACCGAGGUCGUUCCCGUCCACGGCCGCGGCAACUUCCCGACCCUGGAGCUCACCCUGAAGGACAUCGUCCAGACCGUGCGCGGCCAGCUGGAGGGGGCCGGCAUCAAAGUGCGGGACGUGCGGCUGAACGGCUCGGCCGCGGGCCACGUGCUGGUCAAAGACAACGGCCUGGGCUGUAAAGACCUGGACCUGAUCUUCCACGUGGCGCUGCCCACGGAGGCGGAGUUUCAGCUGGUCCGAGACGUGGUUCUGUGUUCUCUCUUGAACUUCCUGCCGGAGGGAGUGAGCAAGCUCAAAAUCAGCCCGGUCACCCUGAAGGAGGCGUACGUGCAGAAGCUGGUCAAGGUGUGCACGGACAGCGACCGCUGGAGCCUCAUCUCGCUCUCCAACAAGCACGGGAGGAACGUGGAGCUCAAGUUCGUCGACUCCAUCCGGCGCCAGUUCGAGUUCAGCGUGGACUCCUUCCAGAUCAUCCUGGACUCGCUGCUCUUCUUCUACGACUGCUCCAGCAGCCCCGUGUCCGAGCACCUGCACCCCACGGUGAUCGGGGAGAGCGUGUACGGGGACUUCGACGAAGCCUUCGACCACCUGCAGAACAGACUGAUCGCCACCAAGAACCCCGAGGAGAUCCGGGGCGGGGGGCUGCUCAAGUACAGCAACCUCCUGGUGCGGGACUUCAGGCCCACCGACCAGGAGGAGAUCAAGACCCUGGAGCGCUACAUGUGUUCCAGGUUCUUCAUCGACUUCCCGGACAUAUUCGAGCAGCAGCGGAAGCUGGAGACCUACCUUCAGAACCACUUCGCCGAGGAGGAGAAGAGCAAGUACCACUACCUCAUGAUCCUGCGCAGGGUGGUGAACGAGAGCACCGUGUGCCUCAUGGGCCACGAGCGCAGGCAGACCCUGAACCUCAUCUCCCUGCUGGCCUUGCGCGUGCUGGCCGAGCAGAACAUCAUCCCCAACACCGCCAACGUCACCUGUUACUACCAGCCAGCGCCUUACAUCAGCGACGGCAACUUCAACAACUACUACGUCGCCCAGCCUCCGGUCACCUACAGCCAGCCCUACCCCACCUGGCUGCCCUGUAACUAACCUCCAGACCCGGGGGUUCCCACAGCGGGCACCCCGAUAGGGCGGGCGCUCUCAGGUCGGGGAGCCGCCUUCUAGAUGUAGGUGUUUGGCUUUUAAAGGGGAACUCAGCUCUGAUUCUGCUUUUCUUUUUCUUCGUGUGCCCAUCGGAAUGGGUCUACAGUAUCUUGUGAGCCAACCCCGAAGGGACCCAUUACUAGUGCCACUUUGGAAAAUGCUCUAGGAAGUAUCACCUGGCCACAGCUUUCCAAGAUAGACCCUGUCGUGUCACGUCCCAGGCCUCAGCACAGGGGAGUCUGAGCUCCGCGUAGUCGUCGAGCUGGGGAGACGCUGGAGGCGUUUGAGAAGGACGCAGCACUCUCUUCUCACCGGGCCUGCAGUAAGGCUGUGUUGGCCUUUCCCUGGGUUCUCAGCAAUCUUGUGAAAUCUGUGCCGACGGGCUAUUUUCUUGUAUCGAUUUUAGGCAGAAAAUGGCAAAUCCGAGUGUGGGCUUGUGACUUCGUUUUUGGUCAAGGGACUGAAUUGCUUAUGUUUAUUCCCAUCAGCAGAGCUGAGACUUUCUUUAUCAAUACACCAAAGCCAGGAGCUGGAGAACUGAGAUCUGGUUGGAAGUGUUUUGUGGUUUUGAUGCUGUGCUAUCAGGAGGAGUUACGGAAGAUCGCUGA